CAAAACAGAUCCCAUCUUUUAUUUACCUCAUCGCGGAUAAAAAUACCCGCUCAUGUCAUGAACAGCUUUGCGGAUGUAUCAGAAGGUGUCACCGCGCAGGUCCAUCCAUGACAGUCGCCCUCCGCAGACAUGGGCUCCCUGGAUGAUGCGGAUGAGCAGCACAACCUGCAGCUUGGGAUGGAUCAGUCGCAGGAUGUAGAGAGGGACACUCAGUACAGCUGGGCCGCCCUGUGGAACAUAAUGACCAUCGGGGGCAGUAUCUGUCUCCUGGUCCUCUCCCAGAUAUUGGAUUUAACCACCCUGCAGAGCGGAUUCUGGACGGGGGAGAUGCCCGGCUCUGUGCUGGUGAUCAUUUUCUUUGUCGUGGCUGUCAUGGCAUUGAUUGGCACCAUGAUAUGGUACCUCAAGUCUCAUGCUGAACCAGUCCUGUCGGAGGACAGACGCCAAUCCGUGAGCCGCCAGCCCUCCUUCACCUACUCGGAAUGGACAGAUGACAAAGUGGAGGAAUUCCUGGACCUAGACCCCGUACCAGACACCCCCGUCUUUGACUGUUUGAUGGACAUUAGAGGGGACAUAGACUUGGGAACUCUGUCCGUGAAACCUGUGGGGCUGCAGGAAAGGAGGGGCUCCAAUGUAUCUCUGACUCUGGACAUGUGCACCCCAGGGUCCACUGAGCCAUAUGGCCACAUCAUGUCCCCACGGGAACAGUCCACUCGGGAAUGUCUUGAAACCGCCAGCAACGUCCUGACUCCAGAGGAGCUGCAUGACAAAGCCCUGGAUUCUUUUGAGCUUCAGAAAGAGUUCUUUGAAAUCCCAAUGAACUUUGUUGAUCCAAAGGAAUAUGAAAUCCUCGGCUUAGUGCGGAAAAACAGAUACAAAACCAUCCUCCCAAACCCUCAUAGCAGAGUGUGCCUUACAUCACCAGACCAGGAGGAUGACCCUCUGAGUUCUUAUAUAAAUGCUAAUUAUAUAAGGGGUUAUGGAGAAAAGGAAAAAGUUUACAUUGCAACUCAGGGACCCACUGUGAACACGGUGGCGGAUUUCUGGAAGAUGGUCUGGCAGCAGCAGUCACCUAUUAUCGUCAUGAUCACCAACAUUGAGGAAGUCAAUGAGAAAUGUACAGAAUACUGGCCGGAAAAACAUGGCCUCUAUGAAGGAAUAGAGGUGACCGUGAAUAACAUCAUCCAGGAGGACGACUACGUAUUAAGACUCAUGACUUUAAAGAAUGGUGAGGAAGAAAGGAGUCUGAAACAUUUCUGGUACACGUCAUGGCCGGACCAGAAGACCCCGGAUCAGGCCCCAGCACUUUUAAAGCUAGUGGAAGAUGUGGAGGAAGCCAUGAAGGCCGAGCAUAAUAACAGACCUAUAAUUGUCCACUGCAGCGCAGGGAUUGGAAGAACCGGCUGCUUCAUUGCCACCACAAUUCUGUGUAAACAGCUGAAGAAUGAGGGGAUGGUGGACAUUCUGAGGACCACCUGCCAACUGAGGUUAGACAGGGGUGGAAUGAUCCAGACCGGUGAGCAGUACCAGUUCGUCCACCAUGUACUGAGCUUGUUCGUCAAACAGAAUCCCUGCACGGUAGAGGAAUAACCACUGCGGGAAUUUAGGCGGGGGCUCUCCAAACACGCUAAUAGGAAUAAGAUCAGCGGCGCCCGCCAUUAUCUGGCUUCGGGGGAGACAUUUUCUUUCUUAAAAGGUGGAUCAAAGGAAUUUUGCAGCAAAUGAAGUAGAAUACGGGACCUGACGUACAACAAAAUGGGACAAUCCUCACCAAAAAAAAAAGUUCAAAAAUGUCGAGAGUUUCUAUUGUACAUAGAAGCGGUCGCAUCGGUUUGUAUAUGAAGAUAAUUACAUUUGUGUUUUUAAGUUUUACUAUUUUUCUGGGGGUAAGAAUAAUAAAUUGCUUCUGACUGCAGUGUUGAGCGGCGUCGCGCAGAAUUCUGUAACGUAUUGAUGCUGACGAGUAAUUUCUUUGCC